UACUCAGUCUUGUUACAACUACAGAGAGUGAAACAUGUGUCGAAAUGGCGGCCGUCGCCAACAGGAUCGUGCGUUAAAACAUUAAUAUUUAAUCGUUUUUAAGUGCCCUCUUCAACAGUGUUGUUUGUUAUUAUAUUGUGAAGUUUAUUAAGCUAUUUUGUUAAUCAGUUUACAAGUUUAGUAGACUUACUUAGUGGAAUAAAGUGUACGAAACUUGACAUUGUUUGUUGCUUUUGUUUUGUUAAGUUUGAAAAUCAAUUGGAUUCUUGUUGGAGGUAUAUAUUGGCAUUUGGCAUAUAGUGACCAUGUGGGAAGAGGCGGCAACUAGUUAAAAAGAUAUCAUCCUGGAUCUCACAAUGGACUCUGAAAGCCGGAGCGAGUCGGCUCUAAACAGCCCCACGGAGCCCGACGUGUCGCUGGCUGCGUCCAUCACAGACCCCUUGGAGGCCUACACCUUAGAAGAAGCUAGGAGGACUAUCAGAGACCUCCGUAUGAAAUAUCGAGCGCAGGCGCACCAACUGCUAACAUGGCGUCGAGCGCACCGCACCCAAGAAGAACUAGUCAAUCGUUUGCAAAUAGAAAAGGCAGAACAGCUGAAAAUGCUCUCCAGCCAACUGCUUCUCUUCGAAUCGCGUCUGGUUCGCAAGCAGAAGGAGAUAACCAACAUGCUCGCCCUCCGGGAAACCAUAAUUAUGAAACAACAAAAAGUCAUCGAAAAUCUACAAGCUAAACUGUUAGAUAACGGCAUCGAUAUGAUCUCAUCUAUACCCGACUUCAGAGAUAUGUUGCAAGAUACAAAUAUUACUGGAGACUUCGAUUCACUCAACGAUUCUGACUCCGCUGUGAUAAUGGAAGACAUGGACUCCGAUUGCUGUAAUCUCUCCAACCUUCCAAGGUUCCGUUCUAUGAACCCCGACAGCGUUACAGUCGCCCGAUCGAUCUCAGAUGCCAUUGAUCCUAACAUCAAAUAUAAUGUCGCUAGACGAUCCAACGGGUUCCUUCGCAGGCCAGAAAUUCUCGAAACUGUUUACAGCGUCGAAGAAGAAGCAGACGCGGAAUCUACUAAAGGUCUCAGCGCGCAGAGCAGUACCGAAAAGGAAAUCAAAGAUGCCAACAAAACAGAUGAACAGAAGACUAAAGAAAGCAGUCUUUUGGCUCAAAGGCGAGACAACUUCCGCAUGAGAAGUAUCGUUCUCACUGCCGAAGUUAAAAGCAUAGAUAGUGAUAAGGAAAAGCCAAAAUCGAGCAACGAUAUGUGGUCCUACAGUUAUGUGCCAAAAAGGAUGACUCCCGCCAAUGACUCUGAUGAAGAAGCAACUUCAAAUCCGGAGAGUGAUGCAGAGGAUCCCGAACCUAAGUCAACACAAGUCGUUACAUACAAUCGAGUGAUGUCCAACCAUAGAAACGUGACCAAACCCAAGGAUGUGAAGUACAAGAGGAUAAAUAAGGCGAAAUCGAAGAGUCUAGAAGAGUUGAGAGGACGAUUAAAGAAUUGGGUCGACAAGGGGAAUAAACUGUCGAAUAUACCGUUGGAGCAUGCGCAAAGCUAUGCCUAAAAGAGUUCCUUUUAAUAAUAUAACAGAGAUGUGAUGCAUGAAAACCAAAUUGUCAUGAAGACAAUUCUAAUGGCGAAAAGGCAUUUAAAUUCCGAUUGAUGAUGAAUCUUCAUAAUAAUACUAAUGUCUAUAGAAUAAGUUUAAGUGAGAUUACACCACCUAAUAAUUUCGUAAUCAUAUAAUUAAUAAUAAAUGCUUGUAGAUUGAUCACGCAGUAAAAACGGAUAUUCUUCUAGAUAAUUUAUAAUAUUUAAACAAUAUUAUGAGCUUGUCCACUUUAAACUAUCAACACGGUUCGUCUUUGUUACAAUAUACAUUUAAAUACCAGAGUUAAAGUCAGAUAUUCUUGAUACUUGAUAUUCUAUUGUAAAAUAUUUCAUAUACGUAUUGUUAGUUAAAACUUAAAACUAUAUUUCAAGGAUCCACGGUUGUCUAUUUAACAGUAUUUGUGUAUGAAUUAAGGCAAUCAAACCUGAGCUUUUGAUGUACCUAAUUUUUCGCACGACUGAGUUUUUAAAGAUAUCACAUUAUUUGAAUGUUAUCUCAGAGAUUUUUAGAAGUACAAUUGUGUAAGGAAAUAGAGAAAAUGUUUUGUUCCAUAUCUUAUAAUUAUCUGUUGGUAUUUCUCUUGUUUAUAAAAAUACUAAAAAUAGUCGUAUUUUUAAGCUUGAAUAACUCUGUAUAUAAACUGUCGGAAUUGAGUGUGUUUCUGUGAUUAAAAUUAUUUUCUUUAGAGUAAGUCUUGAAUCUUUGAUAAAUUGUAGAAAAUAUAUUUAUUGUAUCAUAUCGGUGCCAAUUAUAAAUAUUUGAUAUUAGGUAGUGAAUUCUGUUCCAAUUUAAACUAUAAAAUGUUUUACAUGCAAGUUGUAUUAUGAAUUUAAAGGAAAUUAAUGUACAAAGAAAUCCAACAAAAAAUUUAUAUUUGAUAAUUGAAAGGAAAUUUUUAAUAAUUUCAAUAAUGUUUAAUGUAUACUUAUUUUGUUAUUUAUAUUUAAUUAAACUGAAUUUCAUUUAGUUUUUAAAAUAUAUAAACCUAUUUCUUCAAUACGACUUGCCUGUAAAGCCCAAAUGUGUCAACAAAUUAAUAAUUAAUAAAUAUUAAAUGUUUUAAUACAUGAUAUUACAAAAAUAAAAGAAAAUUAAUUGCACAUUGAGGUUUUUCUUGAGCGGAUAAUAAAAUAUUGAAAAAGUGCCAAAAAUCUGUCGAGAAUUAAAUCCACGAAAACAAUUAUUUACAUAAAUAUUAAGUUACUAAUUAUAUUAGAUAUUUCAAAUUGACUUAAACCUACACUAGAAAAAAAUACUGGAAAUAGUCCGGCCUAGUGUUUUAAAGUACCUAUUUUUCUUUAUACCUAAUAGGUCCAAAUAGAAGCCAUAUUCAAACUGUUCCUUAUAUUAACCUUAGCCAAGCAUAGGUAAUACAAAUCUAUGAUGUAAUUAUGCAACUGUUUAUUAAUUAUCUGUAUCAAACCGAAAAUAAACCAUACUUUUACGACAUAACAACAAUCUAACUAAAACUAAAAUAGAAAAAAAAAUAUUCUAGAGUUCUAUAUUUUCUAUAUAUAACACUUAUAAUCCUUACCUACUAAUUAGUUACGUUUUUUCAUUGAAGUUUUUAUUCUCCGCUCAAGAAAACAAUCAAAAUAAUUUCUCUAUAGUUGUUCACCAAUUGCUUACAUAAUGUUGUCAAUUUUGAUGUAAAUAGCAUAUCAUAUUGCAAUACUGCGCAAAGUUAUAUGUUCAAAAGUAGUCCGGAGUGCUGAAUAAAAUUAUAUUGAAAAU